CCCCUUCAACAGCAGAACCCGCAUCCUUGGCAGGCAUGGGUUGACGAGGGUGAGGGUGUGUCAGAAGCUCGUUCGUACAUGCUACAGCAGCAAGGCUGGAUGCACGGCUCACUGGGGCCGGGAAAGCCCCGCAAGCAUGGCGGUGACGUGGGAGGAGCCAACGAGUCAGGGCGGCCGGGGUGUCAUCAUGGACCCAGCUUGGAGACGGCGGGCCGGCGAAGCCAUGCGGCCGAUCCUGGGGCGCAGGACAGGCUUCACGACAACGGUCGUACGACUUCAGAGCAGCUGCCGCCGGCGCCGGGCGGGCUAGGUGGAAAGGCGCCCCAUGUUGGGUCUGUUGGCUCCUUUGGCCCUGGAGGCGACCUGGAGGAGGCUGGAGUGAUGGCUGCUGCGGUGGAGCACGUGGACAGCGAGGGCGGCAUGGAUCAAGGAGAUGGAGAGGGAGACGGCGAUGGCGAUGGAUUUUGUGAAGAGGGCGAUGGCGGCUGCGACGCCGACGUCAACGACGACUGGUGGGGCAACCCGGACGAGCUGAGGGAUCACCCAGUUGACGCGUGUCCAGAAGCGGCAGCGGCAGGCGUGUGGGCCCAACAAGCGACCGACCAAUCCGCGGGCGUUGGGGCACUGGAGGCAUUUUUACGCCAGGUUCAGCGAGGUGGGGAGCUGCAAGCGCAACGAGCCGGC